UUUAAUAUUUAAUAAUAGAAUCUAGAAAUUUAAGCAAUUUAGAAUUGUGGCUUUGGGUUGUCCAUUCGAUAUAUGAUUCGGGUCACAUUUCCCAUAUAGGUCUCCAUUUUUAAACUUCAAAACAAGAUAACAGAUUGGAGAUGCAGUGUAUCCGGUCUUAUUUAAGGCUAUAAAAGCAUGUUAAACGUCCCCAUUCUCUCCAGGGCAGAAGUGACACACUCCUUACACUAUUUUGCUCCGAGGUUUGUGGGCUUUAGAACUAUGACUCCAGUGUGGCGACUCCCUCCUAUUUUUAGAAGGUGACCCAAAUCAGGUUGUUGUCGCGCAUUUUUAGAACAUCCUAAAACAAAACCGUGUCAUUUCCAGCCCAGAUUAACUUCGCGUACAAAGAGGAGUGAGAACUUUGCCACCCGAAGGAGCUCCGCAGUGAGCAUCUCUGCUCCGGUCCUCUCUCCGCAUCACGAGUGAAUGGAGCGCCGAGCAUCAUCGCUGAGCGCUUUUCAGCAUCUUUUUUUUCUUUUUAACAAACUGACUUUUAUAUGGGAACACGACAUAAGAUACAUUCAUAUUUUCGAAGUCAUUAAAAACAGCUUAUCGCAACAGAAUACAUCAUGUCACGCAUGUAGUGACACCGCUGUUGUGCGCAUGUCCGUGGCCUCGCAGCGGAGCAGGAGACGAGGGCUGCGCUCUUGCUUGACCCGUGUUUACCCCGGUGGUUACCUGCCUUCUCAGUAAUCUGCUACUCCACCCCCUGAUCCGCCUUCUCACCCCACUGCGCCUCGCAGGCUCCCGUCCCAUCCCAUCCCAUCCCAUCCCAUCCCGUCCGAUUCACCCCCAGAAGACCCCAAACACGCGACGUCACACCUGAAGGUGGAUCGUCCCGGGUGGGAAUUUCUAUAAAGCGACGCGCGACGCACAGCAGAAAAUUAGCCGCAACUAAGUAAGUCAGUGUGGAGGGAGCGUGAGAGAAACGCGCCGAGACGAGCUCCCGGGAGCCGUAAAAACACAGCAUCCGAAGGACAAAGAAAGCGGCGAAUCAUCAGAUUCAUCAAAGGCUCAGCUUCUCAUAUUUCCUUUGGACUAUUAUUGAGAGAAACCCACAGCAUCAGCUGAGCCACGCUGGACCGUGAAGAUGUCCUCGCUCAUGGAACUCGUUUCCCCGGCCCUGGACACCACACUGACAUCCGUCCUCUCCGUCUUACUGCUGCUCGCCGUGUCCUGGCAGCUGUGGAGACUGAGGUGGACAGUAACCCGGGACAGAGAGUGCCAGCUGCCCCUCCCCAAAGGCUCCAUGGGGUGGCCCGUGGUAGGAGAAACCCUGCACUGGCUGCUCCAGGGUCCGGACUUCCACAUCUCGAGGAGGCAGAAGUACGGAAACGUGUUUAAGACGCACCUGCUGGGGAAGCCCGUGAUCCGCGUGACGGGAGCCGAAAACAUCCGCAAGAUCCUGCUCGGCGAGCACAAGCUCGUGUGCGCGCAGUGGCCCCUGAGUGCGCGCAUCAUCCUGGGAUCCAACACGCUGGUGAACUCCACUGGGGACCUGCACAGGAUGAAGAGAAAAGUCUUAGCAAAAGUGUUCAGCCGCACGGCUCUGGAGGAAUAUAUCCCCCGCCUGCAGGACAUAGUCGAGUGCGAGCUCGCCAGGUGGUGCUCGGAGCGCGACCCGGUCGACGUGUACGACGCCUGCAGGACUCUCACCUUCCGCGUUGCCACGCGUGUCCUGCUGGGCCUCAGUCUCGAGGACGCCCAGAUGAGCUACCUGUCCAAAAUAUUCGAGCAGCUCCUCAACAACCUCUUCUCGCUGCCCAUAGACGUGUCCUUCAGCGGGCUCCGCAAAGGCAUCAAAGCCCGUGAAACUAUUCACGAAUUUAUGGCAAAAAUCAUCGAGGAGAAACUGCAGAGCCCGUUGGCGGAGGGACACAAGGACGCGUUCGACUACAUGCUGAGCGGCGCCAAGCAAAACAACCAGAAAAUAUCCAUUAAAGAACUGCAGGAGACCGCAGUGGAGCUCGUGUUCGCCGCCCAUUCGACCACGGCGAGCGCCUGUACCUCGCUGGUGCUGCAGCUGCUCCGGCACCCGGGGGUGGCGGCCAAAGCGCGGAGCGAGCUGCGCAGCUGCGGAUACCUGGGCUCGAACCCGCGGCCCGGCAGCGCUCAGCCCAGGUCGACAGAGAGAGAAGAGGAGAAGAAGAAGGAGGGGGCCGUAACACAGACCGCGACCCCCGAUCCGAACCCUGGCACCCGCGGCGCGCACACGGAGGGAGGCGCGCGCCCCGCCGCCCGUCCGCCUCGCAUGAGCCUUGAGAAGCUGAGCCGCUUGAGAUACCUGGACUGCGUGGUCAAGGAGGUCCUGCGGUGUCUCCCCCCGGUGUCCGGCGGCUACAGAACCGCCCUGCAGACCUUCGAACUGGACGGAUAUCAGAUUCCCAAAGGAUGGAGCGUCAUGUACAGCAUCCGGGACACCCACGAAACGUCGCCCGCCUAUCAGAACUCGGAGCUCUUUGACCCGGAUCGUUUCGGACGAGACCGGAACGAGGCCUCGGCAGGCCGCUUCGACUACAUCCCUUUCGGAGGCGGCACCAGGAGCUGCAUCGGGAAGGAACUGGCCCGGGUUAUUCUGAAAGUCCUCGCCGUGGAGUUACUGAGCGCUGCCGAGUGGAGGCUGGCGACGGAAACGUUCCCCAGGAUGCAGACGGUGCCCGUUGUUCGGCCCGUGAACGGACUGCACGUUUAUUUCAACGCUGCAGAUCACGCGCAUCAGUGACGUGACGCCUUCCUGCUGUACAUUUGUACAUAUUCAUAUGCGGUGCCUGCGGCAACGGUCACUUAUUUACAUGUCACUGUUAAUUAGUAAUGUUUGAACUUGUGUCUAAUUUAAUACAUCCUACAUUCAGGUGCUUUAAUACAUUUUCUGGUGUCAAUGUUGAGUAAAGACUACUUUAUGUUGCGUUUUGAACGGGUUUGCACUUUGCCAUGUCACGGGUGUUUUAUUUCAAUAAUUUUAUUGUCACAUGUAUUUAUUUUGAAUAAAUCUGCAGUGUUUUUCUAUGCGGUCAGGGGUCUUGAAUGUUUACUUGGUCUGAGCAAAUGUUGAGGUUUUGUUUUUGAACACGGGGUAUAUGCCAUGUAAAAACUGAGCUGAACUUUCCUCUAUGUACAGAAUUAUAUUACACAGCAAGGAGAAAACUGAAAUUGACACUCAAAAUGUUUUUGAUGCAUUCAUUUUAGAACAAUGGUAAUGCAAAUUGUUCAAAAAAAAAAAAAAGGCCUUUAAAUCAAACGCGAUGUUAACCUCCACUCAAAUAUUUUGUA